AUUAACCGCUUAUCGGUUGCUAAGGUUUUUUAAGUUUUCUCGUUGUCAAGUGUUGGGUUUGUGUUUGUUUUCAUUUUUUGAUCAACUUUUUAUUUAAUUAUGUUAACUAAAUUGUGUACACUUUUUACCCAAACUUUGCGGGUCAGUGUUUUACCUCAAAUUGGUCAGAAAAGAACCGGUGCCAGUUGUAUAUUUAAAAAGAUCAUCGCAUAUCCAAGAUAUUUACCUGCUUUCAAAUCUCGACCGUUGCCUCAUAAAUAUGUUUGGCAACCACAACCUCCUAAGGAUGGGGAAUAUACUACCAAACCUUUGAGAGCUAAAAAACUUGGUGGUCGAGAUCCUGAAACAGGGCGAGUUGCCAUCAGUACGAUUGGUGGUGGUGUGAAAAAGUAUUACCGAUGGAUUGAUCUUAAUUAUUUAGGGGAAAAGGGUGAAACAGUUGAGGAAAAAGUAUUUAAAGUUCGUCAUGAUCCUUUCAAUACAGCUUUACUUGCACUGGUUGCCCGAGAAGGUCAUCAAAGGUGGAUCAUUGCCUCUGAGAAUAUGAAACCUGGUGACAUUAUCACUACUAAAAAUGAGAUACCCAAAAAUCCAAUAUAUGCCAAAGAAGGUCAAUCAUGGCCUGUUGGUGCUUUAAGUCCUGGUACUUUGGUUCAUCGUCUUGAAGUUAUACCAGGUAACGGUGGUACAAUAGCUCGAGCUGCUGGUACAAGUUGUGAGAUUAUCCGAAGAGCUGGUAAAAAGAUUGUCAUUAGAAUACCCACCGGUCAAGAAAUUGCAGUCGACGAAUGGUGUAUGUGCAGUAUCGGUCGAGUUUCCAAUCCUAAUCAUUACACUGUCAAUGAAGCUUGUACGGACAGAGCCUGGUGGAAGGGAAGAAGACCCAAUAGAGGAGUCCAAAUGAAGAAAGAUGGUUACUGUGGGCGCAAAUUACGACCUCCGAAGCCUUUGAAAAUCAUCGACGCUGCAAAUAUUUUACCCAAAAACUUAGAGCAAAUUAAAUUGAAAACUUGGCAAUUUGCUUGAUCACAAAUCGCAAUCAUAUGUUACCAAAUCAUACCAUUGGUUUAAUCUCAAUCAGAUUUAACCUGUUUGGAUCCAGGAUAAUUACCAGAAACAAUUUGAUGUUCAACAAACAAAAGAAAGAGACACAAUUAAGUUUUUCAUGUUUUUUUAAUAUUAAUUGUUGAUAUUAAAAUUAAGGGAGAUCAAUAGGUAAAGUUGAAAUGAUUUACAUUGUAUGUGAAAAAAAAUGUAGAUAAUUGUAAAUUGUUUGAACAAAAUGAUUUAAAUAAUAUAAAUUGUUCACUAGUCACUCCAGAUUAAGUGAUUAAGUAACAAAAUGAA